GUUACCUGGGCCAGAGGAUCAGAUGCUGUGGGAUCCUUUUUGAGAAUUUCCAUCCUGAGUGUUACCCUAUUAGGAUCCCUGACAGUGAUCCUUUCUAUGGGAAUCUUGGUGAGCGCUGUCAAGAGUACACAAGGUCUGGAAAUGCUCCAAGAACUGCCUGCACACUUGUACCAUCUUUUUCUCAUCUCAGGACCCAGAGAGCAGAUUAACCAAGUGACAGCUUUCCUGGAUGGCAGUGUCAUCUAUGGGUCAUCCAAGGAGGAGGUGUCUGAGCUCAGGGCCAGCAAAGGAGGGUUGCUUAGUGUUCAAUCUGGCCCUGCUGGGGAUCUUCCACCAGCUGACCCCAGUAUCCUGGACUGCAGGACAAAUGCCACUUCAAACCUCAGGUGUUUCAAGGCUGGUGAUGUGAGGGCUAAUGAAGACCUAGGAAUUGCAUCCAUGCAUUCAUUGUGGGUCAGAGAGCACAACAGACUUGCAAAGAGCUUGACACAAAUCAACCCCCACUGGGGAGAUGAACAGGCUUUCCAGGAAGCCAGAAGAAUUGUUGCAGCUGAGAUACAGCACAUCACAUACAAUGAAUUCUUGCCCAAUGUCCUUGGUCAGGACAUAGUUGAACAGUAUGGCCUGAACCCACAAAAGGCAGGUUUCUUCACUGGCUAUGACAUCAACAUCAACCCAGGGGUCUCCAACAGUGUUGCCUCAGCUGCCAUGAGAUUUGUUGCCUCCAUCAUGGGUGACAAGUUGCCUUUCUUGUCCAGGGAAGGAGUCAUGAAUGAAACACUCAGAAGACUUGGAUUGGACUUGGCAGCUCAGAUUAUCCAACAAGGCAGAGACCAUGGAAUAGCAGGCUACAAUUCCUGGAGAGUGUUUUGUGGUCUGCCAAAGGCAACUCAUUUCAGGGAAUUUUCUGAUGUCAUGAGCCAGUCCUCAGUUGAUGCCCUCAAGGGAGUCUACAACCAUGUGGAUGAUGUGGACUUGUUCAGUGGAGGUCUGGCAGAAGUGCCAAACAGAGGUGCUUUGGUGGGUCCUACUUUUGGAUGCUUGUUGGGCAGACAGUAUCAUUACCUCAGAAGAGGUGAUAGAUACUGGUAUGAAAAUGACAUUCCACCAAGUUCAUUCACCAAAGAACAACUGUAUGAGCUGAGAAAGACAAGUUUGGCCAGAGUCAUUUGUGACAAUGUUGACAUGGACAGUCUUCAACCCCGUGUGUUCAUUCAUGCUGAUCCUUUCCUGAAUGCUCCAAUGGCCUGUCAUGGCAGCACACUGAAAGCAAUGGACCUCAAGCCCUGGAAAACAGCCUCACCAAAUUUUGUGGUGCCUGGAGAAGUGCUGCAAAGCUCUGUGGACAGAGCCAAGAGGGAUUUAGGAGCUGUCAGGGAUGUUGAGUGGGAUUUAUGGCAACAACAGUUGCAAGCUGACCCCAAGUCUCCUGUUGGCACAGCUUAUGCCUUCCUGAGGCCCAAAAGAAACGCCCUCAGGGUUGCCAACACUUCUUUCAUCCUGGAAUUUGCCUCCAAAAGGUUCAUCAAGAAUUUUGUCAAUGAACAAGGAAGACCUUUGAAGGACCUUGAAGGAGACAGCAAGGCUCCACAGAAUAUAAAUGACCUGAUGACUUCCCUGCCCAACAUUGAUGUCACAGAUGUCAUGGAAAUCCCUCAUGUCUUUGACUGUGAUGAGCAAACAUUGCCCUGUGACCACACUUCAAGGUUCCCAACAUUCACUGGAUGGUGUAACAAUCUUCAGCACCCUGAGUUUGGGAAAGCCACCAGGGCAUUGGCAAGACUCAUGAGACCUGCUUAUCUUGAUGGUAUUGGAGAGCCAAGAGUGAAAGCAUUGAGUGGGAAACCAUUGCCAUCACCAAGAAAGGUCUCCAUGAUGGUACAUGAUGAUGUGUCUCACCUGCAUGCCAGGUACACUCUGUUGACCAUGCAGUUUGCACAGUUUCUGGACCAUGACAUCACUUUCACUCCAGUUAACAAAGGAUUCAGUGAUUCCAUUUUGGAUUGCAAGAGAUGUGAUGCAGAGAACACCAUUCAUCCAGAAUGCAUGCCCAUCUUUAUCCCAGAAGAAGACACUUGGUAUCCAAAGUCAAAUGGCACCACUGGGUCCAGAUUUUGUCUGUCCUUUACCAGAUCACUUCCUGGACAGCUCACACUAGGUUACAGAGAACAAGUGAACCAAGUGACAGCAUUCAUUGAUGGGUCUGCGGUUUAUGGAGCUGAUUUGUGUGAAUCACGCAAACUGAGAACACUCAAGGAUGGUCUUUUGAGAGUACUUGAAGGUACCAAACAUGUGGGACAACCACUGAUGCCCAGGGUUGACUCUGACAAGGAGUGCAAGGCACCUUCAGGGUUCUGCUUCACAGCUGGGGAUGGCAGAAGCAAUGAACAGCCAGGACUGGCAGUGAUGCACACACUGUGGAUGAGGCAGCACAACUUUUUGGCAGAUGGUCUCAAGAGAGUCAAUCCUUUCUGGGAUGAUGAGCAGAUUUACCAAAAUGGAAGAAGGAUCCUGAUGGCCCAAAUGCAGCAUGUUGCAUACAAUGAAUUCCUGCCCAGAGUGCUUGGCUGGAAAGCCAUCAACAAGUACAACUUGAACCUCCUGCCUGAUGGAUAUUCAGAGGGGUAUGACAAAAAGUGCAACCCCACCAUUUUGAAUGAGUUUGCCACAGCAGCAUUCAGGUUUGGCCACAGUCUCCUCAGGCCUGACCUCAAGAGAAUGAACAAGCAGUUCAUGGAAGUUGAGCCUUCAUUGUUGCUCAGGGAUAUUUUCUUCAACCCUGAUGCCCUGUAUGAGCCAGGAAUGGUUGAUGAGUUGCUCAGGGGCUUCACUACAGUGUCUACAGAGAGUCUGGACAGUUCUAUAGUGAAUGAGGUCAGACAUCAUUUGUUUGAAAACAAGAAGACUCCUUUCUCUGGUCUGGACUUGGCUGCACUCAAUGUUCAAAGAGGAAGGGACCAUGGAUUGAGACCAUACAAUGAAUACAGAAGGUUCUGUAACCUGACAGUGGCCAGGACAUUCAGGGACCUUGAAGGAGAGAUUGCUUUGCCAUUGAUUGAAAGAUUGCAAGCAUUGUAUGAAACUGUCAAUGACAUUGAUUUGUUCAGUGGGGGCCUCAGUGAGACUCCUCUUCAUGGAGGCAUGGUUGGACCCACUUUUGGCUGCAUUAUUGGCAUCCAGUUCAGGAACUUGAUGAAGUAUGAAAAUGGGGAUCCUUUGCUGAGGUUCACUGAUGCCCAGUUGAGCCAAAUCAGAGAGACUACAAUGGCUAAGAUCAUUUGUCAGAAUGCUGACAGCAUUCCUCUCCUGCAGAGAUCAGUUUUUGAUUUGCCUGAUCCUUUCUUGAAUCCAAGAAUACCAUGUGACUCCAUGCCAGGUAUUGACUUCUCAACAUGGCAAGAAAGACAGGAUUGUAAUGUGGGAAGGACAAACAUUGAUGUAGGGGCAGCAGACAGAAUCUCCCCCUGUGUCAUGUGCACUUGCACAAAAGAAGGACCAAUUUGCCAGUCACUCAAGAUUGACAACUGUUUCCACCUGGCAAGAUCAUUUAGCCCUCAAGACAUCCUGGAAGACCAUGUCUGCAAAGUACAGUGUGCAUUUGCCUUCAGAGCUUUCCCAAAAGUUAAACCAGUUGCUUCAAGUAGAUUAGGCUAGAAAAAAGAAAAGAAGCAUACCCUGUUGAUUGAAACAAUUUUUUUUAUACCAGUGCAAAAAAAAAGCGACAAACAGAAAUGUUACUGGAAACUGCCAUGAAAGUAUAUGCUGGAAAGGCAUUUUUGGCUUGCAGCUCCAUCUGGUGUCCAUUUCUGCUCAGCAGGAAGAAAGAGAACACCAGCCUUUAUACACAGCAAAAAAAAAAAGUUUGUUGUUUUGUGAUAUGCUUAGGUUGAGAGAAGAACUGAUGGUGGGGACCUCAUGUGCCAAUUUUUGUUUGUUUGUGCUAAUUAAAAUAUUUCUUCAUAAAAAAAUUCCUCCUUUUUUCAGCUACAAAGUAUUCUAAGGAAAAAAAAUCUUUGUGCUUGACUUCAUGAGACCAUGUUUUUUGCACAAGAGCAAGUCUGUUUAUUUUGGAAUUAAAAAUUGUGUGUUUUUGGAAAAAAAA